CAGAAUCAGAUCUGCCCCCCACACACAGCCAGCAGAGUCACUAGUGUGGUAACCAGCGGGACAGCCAGCAGAGUUCCUCAGACAGGAUGGGCCUUCUACUUCUGCUUACCUCCAUGCUCCUGUCCAGCUACUUCCAUUCAGGGAGAGUGGUGACGGCACAGCGAUCAUUCACGAUAAGAAACAUCACCCUGUCCAUCGAGCCCGCUCCCGAUGUGACUCGGGACACCAAUGUGACUCUGAGAUGCCAGGCCUUCGUCAGCAGCUCUGGGCAGGAGGCGCUGAGUCGUGAGUACAGAAUAUACAAGGACGGCAACACCAUCUACUCCAAGAACACAAGCACCUCAGAGGAUCUGCUUUACCCUCUGUCCGAGGCCCGAGUAUCCAACUCUGGCAAAUACAAGUGCAAGAUCAGCAUUGAGCGGAGAAACAUGACGAGUGGAGCCGAGAAACUCACAGUAGCAGGCCUGUCAAAACCAGUUCUCCACAUUAACAAGGGUGUGGUCAGUGAAGGGGAGGAGGUAACAGCCACGUGCACAGCGCCCGGCGAGACAGGAUCCUUUUUUUUUUACUUCUACGAAGACUCCAAAGAGAUCCAGGAGAAGCAGGUAAACACCAACCAGGCGGAGGCCAGGCUUCACUUCAGCAGCACUGGCCACCACAAAAUUCACUGUGGCUAUACUGUCCUCGUAACGCCAGAGUCCUUCAAGUCAGAAGAAAGCCUCUCUGUCACUGUUUCAGUCAAAGCGCUUCCCAUCGUAGCAGUUUUAGAGAUUUUCCCCGAGUCCAAGAUCUAUGAAGGAGACAAACUCAACAUCUUUUGCUCGGCCAAAAGCAAACUGCGCAGCUCGGAAAGUAUCUACCUAUACCUGAGCCAUGGGAACCAGCUUCUCAGCAGUGGAUACUCCACAGUCAACCACAGCAUGGUUGCUCUGGCAAAGGACCCUGGGGAGUUUGAGUGCAGAUUUGAGAUGGGAAAUGUUGUAAAAUUUGACACAAAGGCGGUGUCAGUGACUGAGCUGUUUUCAGUGCCCACUCUCACCAUGUAUCCUGCUGAAGUCUUUCAAAGGGAAUUCGUGACACUAACCUGCAGAAGUGAGAGCUCUGCCUCUGAAAGACUUGGCAGGGACGAGUUGACAUACACUCUUGAUCCAACCGAAAGCCCACUGAUCUCCAAAGUCAACGGAGUAUUUUAUGGCAGAGCCCUGCUAUAUGAUUUCAACUAUACCUGUGUAGCUAAAGCCAAGGAGAUAGUGAAACGCAGUGAAAUCCUGACUGUACGUCCUAAAGUUUCUGUCUCAACUCCCAAGAUCUCGGUGGUCGGCAGGGCGGUUAUAGGACAGUCCUUCAAGAUCCUCUGUCAGUCAGACAUUGGCAGUCUGCCGAUAAACUACACUUUGCUGUUGGGGUACGACCAACUGAACACAACCACCGUCAAAGAGCCCUUUCAACAAGCCCUCUUCACCGUCACCGUCAGAACGUCAGAUGAAAUAAGCAAGUACAUGUGUGAAGCAAGGAAUAGUCAGAAAGAAGCCCCACUCAGCAAAAGACUCAACGCUACAGUCAUAGUGCCGCUCACAAACCCGACUCUGACCGUCCUCCCCCACCUACCAGAAAUCUCUGAGGGAGAUAAUCUUUACCUCAUAUGUGGAGUAAAUGGAACUCCGCCGGUCACGUUUAAGUGGUACCGUGUUGGCAAUGAACAUCCGCUGCAUACCAACACCACCCACAGGAACCACACACACUACCAAGUGUCCGCGUUGUCCAAAGAGCACAGCGGGAUGUACUACUGCGAGGCGAUCAACCACGCCAACAUCCUGGUCCGCAGUGACCUGGUCACCAUAGAAGUGCGCCUGGCGUUGUGGAAGAAAGUGCUGAUCGGGGGCUUCUGUUUGCUGGCGCUGUCUGUGUUGGUGGUGGUGGUUGUGCUGUGCUUCAAAUCCAAGAGAGGUAAAAGAGAAGCAGCUGCUGAAUUGUCAGUAAAGCCUUCGCGCCCUAAAUCAGAUGACUCUUUAACAGUGAAUCUAACCCACAACACAGAGGUUUAUAACGCAGCCACAGUGCGAGUUGAGGGAGCUGCAGUCAGUGUGUGGAGCGAGCGGCGUCCUGAAGAAGCCAACGACGAGGAGAGCAGCAUGGUGUCCAACGAGCCUGAUGUUGAAUACACUGAGGUGGUGCAUCCCCGUCCACUGGAUCCUGCCAGAGUCCCACCAAAAAAAGGCACGGACACAGUGUACAGCGAGCUCCAAAACUCUCCACAUGGGGCCACUGACCAUCAUGACUAUGGGUCAGUAGAGUAUGCUGAGCUCAACAGUGAACAACCUGGGAUCAAUCACUUCCCUCCAGAGAUCAACCACCACCAGGAGCUGCCCGUGGAAUAGUGAUCUGUCCCAUUCCCACCCCCAGCUUCUUUACACACUUUGUUUUGGACUUUUCUAAGUUUCCAACCUGUUGAAUAAUUCAACACUACCUAAACUGUAAAUAUUAUUUUGUAGCAAUAAAGGCAUUUCAUAGUUUGUUGGUGUGUUUUUAUUCGUGUUUAGCAGACCAUUACAGGACAGCUGCAAAGAAAUGAUGGAAACACUUUAUGAUGCUAAUGUGUAAAAUGCAAUUUAAACAUGUUUUAUUUUUAAAUGCUAUAAUCUUCUUUUAGCACUGUAUAAUUAUAGUUGUAAGCACUUUUUAACAUUCAUAU